GACGCGCGGACCCGAGAUGACCAGGACACUGGAGGCAGCCCCGGUGCAGGAGCGCAGGAGCAGGACGAGGAUGCUGAAGCCGGUGGUGGAGAAGAAGAGACGAGAUCGAAUCAACAAAAGUCUUGCCCAACUCAGAACUUUGUUGUUGAGCAGUACCUUGGAUCCACGGCUGCAGAAUCCUAAACUGGAGAAAGCGGAGAUCCUGGACCUGGCCGUGGAGCAUCUUCACAAGUGGACGGAGGGGAGGGCCUCCAGCCCAGCCGGCGGCCUUCAGCGGCCGGAGCCUCCUCCUCUCCAGAGCAUGGAGAGCGCUGGCUUCCAGCAGUGUGUGGCGCAGAUGAUGGGCUACAUGAACAAGAUCAGCCCGACUCAGAGGAGCAGUCUGCUGGACGGCCUCCGGAGCCACGUGGAGAGUCUGCAGAGCAGCGGCGCCGGCCCGGACCUCAGCCCAUCUCUGGACCUUAUUAGCACAUCUGAGAGCAAGGACAGGUCGCUGGUGCUGCCCCACUCGCCUCUGAUGUGCUCCACACCCUGCCACGACAGCCUCACACCCCCCACCUCCCCCUGGUUCUCCACCUUCUCUCCUCCUUUCCCGUCAUUUGCCUGCCACUUCUCCUUCCCCCCGAGCCUGUCGCCUCACUCCUCCAACGCCUCCUUCUCCACGCUUCCUGCCCACAGCCACCCAGCUCCCUCCUCGGACACUGUGGUGGCUUCAUCGACGUUCCCAAGCAUCCUGGGAACCGCUGGUUUGGUCGACUCGGAAUUCAGAAAGAGGAAACGAGAGACAGAGACGGAGAAGUGUCUGGGCCCGGCGCUUGAUUGUGGCAGGAAACCUGCUCACAGGAAGGACAGGAAGGGCCGCUAUCACAUCGAUCCCGAGUCUUGCCUUUCUGCCUCUGGAUUCUACGCCGCCAUUUCGCUGCCGAUGACGAUGAACAAUGAGAGCCUUUUCAGAGAUCCUCUAACAUGUUUCUUCCCCAGGGUCCCCGCUGAAGUCAAGUACGGCUGA